GUGUGUAUAUCAAUCAAUGAAGAAGCGGGGCUAGAUGGACCGUGCACAGUGAAUACAACAUGUCGGCUGGUCCAAUCUAACGUUGUACAUUGCGGGGGUUCCCCUACAACCGUUCCCGCGUACUAAGGCAAUUCGGCAUUUUCCCCCUUACAUGAUUUCUUGUAAGGCGUUCGGGAUCUGGUAAAAAGCCUGUGAUCUAAAUUUGUUUUGGAAUUCUGACAUCAUUCUAAAGACAGGGGAAUUACAGGGAAAUUCUGUUGAUGUCCAUCGCAUAUUUAAAGCUGUAAAAAGAUUUCUCGAAGAGAGACUCUCGUGUAGUGAAACAUUCGCGUAUUCAACAAGUCGCACACUGCCUCGAAUAAUGUAAACACCUGCACUGCGUUCAAAUACAUUUGAUAGUUGUUGAUAUCAUAGGGGAUUUCCCGUUUUGAACGUGGUACAUUUCAGCGUGCCCUGCCGUGUGUUGAGAUCCGCGUGUUGGUAUAAUUGGACAUGGUUCGCGCGUUUUCUCUAUACAACCGCAUGAACGGGAAUUUGGAAUGCUAUGCAUAGACAAGGAAGUUGUUGUGUUUGAGUUACAAUGAGUGUAGAAAAGGGGGAGAUUUCGGAGGUAGAUGGCUCUGCCCCGCUUGAUCUACGGGUGAAGAAGGAAGUCAAGGCACAACCGACGACACCAGUAUCGGAGAAUGUUCCGCUCAACCUCUCCAAGCCGGUGUUGUCUAACCCUGCACCUCCAGCACAGCCUCCUCCAGCACCGCCUCAGAAGGUUCUGAAGAGAGAACGGGAGGGUGGUGAGGUUCGGAGCAAGCCAGGCGUACGAGCCCCCGUCGUUCCUCCACCGCUCGUGAAACACACGACGGCUGCAGGGAAUGUGAGCAAGACGAUGCUUGUGAGACCACCCUCCAAACCAGGUGGUCCGGUGCAUCGGCAGAUGAGCGUGGUGCCGCCGCCAGAUGCGAUGGUUUCUGGACACGGUGGUGCGAGCUCCUUCAAGAGGCCGACCCCGUCUCAUGCUCCGCAUGCAUACAUGGUUCCACAGCACCUCAAUGCGCACACCAUUGCCUUGGAUACCGUUGUAGGAAGCCCCAAGAUGGCUGUGGGAACUACCGAGAGCAACCAUACACCAGUGACCAUCGGGGCAACCUCCCCGGUCAAGCAUUCAGGACCAACUAAGACUGCCAAAGCACCGACUAUGUCGGCAUCUAAAGGUCCAAGAAUAAUUGUUGCUUCACCAGCGAAUGCCCCUUCCGCAGCACACUUUACGGAACAUUACGUCAAGACCAUAAGCCCUCGUUCGCAUAAGAAAAAGACCUCACCGGUGCCAAGGGGGAGCCCCGUGCAUGUGGUUCAUGUGACGUCUGACUCCAGCCCUGCUAAAGUGUCUCCAACUCCGAGCGGGAGACAGGACAAACAAGGCCAUAUGCCGCAUGGAAUACAACAAGGAAUACCUACAAGUAUGGACAGAUUGGUAGCCCAUGGGGCACCGCCGAGGUCACUCGGCGCGGCUGGAUCUUAUCCGGGAAAUUCGCAGAAACACCCUUCAGGUCAUCCAUCCCCGAGCGGACCGCUGCCGCAAGAAAAGCCGUCUCACCCGCGGCCACGCUUACCGCAUCGGAAGAAAUCACCAACUUCACCGCCGCCAUCAUCACAAGGAGGCGUCUCGCAAGGCCAGGAGUUUACCGCGGCGCCUCGUCACCGGCCUGGCUUACCGCAGCAGCUACCGCGGCAAGCACCGCCUCAGCAUGUGUCCCCGCAGCAAGGACCACAUCGGCUACCGAUUGGAACUGCCCUCAUGGUGUGCACGCUCUACCAGCUGAAGCACUUCUAAGGCCUCGUCACCCGGUCACGGCUGCAUCUUCACCGCCAGAAGGUCUAUCGCUUUACCCUCCACGUGCCACCCGCCCACCCGGUACCCAUCCAGGACCGCAUGGACCCCCUCCUGCACUCUCUCAAGCCCCCCAUCACCCCAACCAAC